AUGGCAGCAACAGCAAAGCCGAACACGGCGGCCGGUGCCGCAAUCUACAUGCCCAUACUCCUUCGCUACAUCUAUGACCCGGUCGUCCUCGGCUUCUACUGCCCGAAAGCAUGGCGUAUCACAUCAAGACGCAUGCGGGAGUUCUUCAACAGGCACGUCUCCAGCGCCUCGGCCCGUUCACAGUCGCCCAGCCUCCGCAGAACAUCAGAUACCAACGCUUUCUCACCCUGUCGGAUACUGGACAUCGGCGUCGGCACGGGAUACUUUCUCAAGCAUGCACCCAUAUCAGCCGGGUCCGAGGUCUACCUCGCCGACCUCAACCCCGCGGCCCUGGAAGCAGCUAGAGAACGAACGCUAGACGCGCAUCCCGAGACGACCUGCGAGACCUCUGUCGCCGACUUUCUAGACCCCCUGGGAAAGGGCCUAUGUUGCAAGGACCUUGGCGGGGGAGACUUUGACGCGAUUUCCGUCAUGAUGCUGCUGCAUUGCGUGCCUGGUCCGCCGUCGAAUAAGGCCGAGGCUUUAAUGCGCUUGCGGCAUCUGCUGGCGCCGGGCGGCACGAUAUUCGGGAUGACGAUCUUGGGACGGGGCGUGAAGCACAACCUGAUGGGGAAGCAUCUCAUGUUUUGGCACAACUUACUGGGUGUAUUUGGGAAUACCGAGGACGACGUGGAGGGCUUUGUGGGGCCGUUGAUGGAGGUCUUUGAGGAUGUUAGGUGGGAAGUUUGUGGGACAAUGCUCUUGUUCGAGGCUAGUAAGCCAAUGGCACAAACAUGGGAUACGGCUACGAGUAUACAUCUCCCGUGA